AUGGCCUGGCUGCUGGCCAACGACUGCGACUUUGCCGGCGCACGCACGCCGCUUGAUCAGAACCGUUACACGGAGGACGCGCUGGUGUCGUACUACCACCACUUCUCGCGCUGCCGCGUGGUCAAGUACAGCGGGUCGCUUGAGGACCUGGCCGAGGACUACAUGGCCGGCCGGCUGCCCGGGCUGCCGUUCUUCUCGCACCAGCUGACGGACGAGCAAGUGGGCCAGCUGUGCAGCCACCUGGACUUCGCCGGCAUGAAGAACAACAAGCACGCCAACUCGCUGAUGUACCAGGACGCGGGCAUCCUGGACAUGCCGUCCUUCAUCCGCGAGGGCCAGGUGGGCAGCUGGAAGCAGCAGUUGUCGGCCGACACCGACCGGCGGCUCAACGACUGGAUCAGGCGCUCGGUGGAGGGCACCGGCCUCACGUUCCAGGGUGUCCAGUGA